CUAAACUCGAAUCGAAAAUUAAAAAACCAAGAAUCGUUAUUGUCCUCCCCCCCCCCAGAACACUGAGGUGUGAGGAGAGUAGAAAAAAUUUUCGGUCUCCCUCUUUCGUUUCGAGGUUUGAAUCGCUCGAGCCUUCGAAUCUUUUAAGGUUGCAUGCGCUUUUGAGUUUAGUGGGGAUUCUGUACUCUGAUUUGUGGCAGUAGUGAAACUUUCUAGAAAAUUAACUUGCAUGUGGACAGCUCUUCCAAGGAUCGAUGCACAUUGACGUUAUAAGCUUCAGUGCUUUCUAGUUGUCCAAGCUUUAAGUGAACUGGGUUAACAUGGGUGACGAGGAAAUGAAAACUGCAGCAGCCAAUGGGAACACUCAGCCAGAUAAACCUGUUGAAGUUGCGGCUGAAAAGAAGGUGGAGGAAACUAAUGGAGUAAGGGAAAUGGAAGAAGAACAGAAAGACAAGAAAGCGGGUAUGGAGAAAAUGGAUGAAGAUCAGGAGAUCAAGAAAGAUGGUGAAAGCAAAGAAGCUGACAUGAAAGAAGAAGAUGAGGAACCUAAAGCUGAAGAAAUGGAAGAAGAAACGGGUUCAAAUGGAAAUGAAAAGAUGAAUGAAAAGGAGGAAAACAAAGAGGAAGAAGAGGUGGAGGAGAAGCUUUUGGAAAAGAAAGAGGAGAAGAAGGUGGAAAGAAAGGAGGAGGUGGACGAGAAAGAGGAAGCUCAAGAGGAUGUGAAGAAGGAGGAAGAGGAAGUGGAGGAGAAGGAUGUGGAGGAGAAAGAGAAGGUUGAUGAUUCUAAGGAGGAAGAGGAGAAGGAGGACAAGAGGAAGGAAGCAAAAGUACCCAGGAAACGUGGGAGGGGGAAGAUGGCAAAGGAGAAAGUUGAAGAGAAGGAAGAGUUGGAGCAAAGGACUCCUCUAACUGAUCGCCCUGUACGUGAGCGGAAAUCUGUUGAAAGGCUUGUGGCUUCUAUUGAGAGGGACACUGUGAAGGAAUUCCACAUUGAAAAGGGACGUGGUACUGCAUUGAAAGAUAUUCCAAAUGUGGCAUUCAAGUUAUCUAGAAGAAAGAUGGAUGACACCUUCAAGAUGCUUCAUACUGUUCUCUAUGGAAGAAGAGGAAAGGCAGUUCAGAUCAAGAAUAAUAUAUCCAGGUUUUCUGGUUUCAUAUGGCAUGACAAUGAGGAAAAACAGAAGGGCAAGGUCAGAGAAAAAUUAGACAAGCAUACUAAAGAGAAGCUGUUGGAAUUCUGUGAUUUGCUUGACAUACCAGUUUCCAGGGCAACUACCAGGAAGGAGGACAUUGUUGCGAAGCUCAUGGACUUCUUAGUUGCUCCUCAUGCUACAACAACUGUGCUACUUGCAGAAAAAGAGAAGUCAAGCAAAGGCAAAAAGCGCAGGAGGGUUUCCAAAAGUUCGUCGGCAUCUGGUAGUGCUUCAUCAAAACUUUCAGCCAAGAGUCGAAGAAAGACUGAAGAAACUUCGAUUGAUGAGAAGAAAAGUUCAGCUGAUGGAGAAGAUGAAUCUGCUGAAGAGGAAGAAAGGGAAGAUGAUGAAGAAGAGGAGCAGAACAGAGAAGAAGAAACUGAAAAUGGUGUUCCUGAUAAACCUGAGGAUGAGACACCUGUAAAUUCUGAAAGUGAAGAGAAAAGUGAAUCCGAAGAAGAAUCUGAAGAGGACAUUGGCAAAAGGAAACGAGCUAGAAAAGCAUCAUCUGGAAAGAAGGAACCAGCUGGAAAACCUAAGGCCAGGAAAAUGACAGCUGGAAAACCAAAACGAGCGCGAAAGCAACCAUCAUCAAAACCCACAAAAACAGUUGAUGACAGUGAUGCAAGCCCAAAGGUGUCUUCAAGAAAGAAAAGAGAUGAAAAAGCUCCCAAGGAGAAGUCUUCUACUCCUACAAAAUCCUCUUCAAAGGAAAAAGCUGGAACAAAUGUUGGGAAAGGGAAGGACAAGGCUAAAGAGGAGAAGUCAAAAGAGAAACUGAAGCCAGCUGAUGAAGAGUUAAGAGAUGCAAUAUGUGAGAUUCUUAAAGAAGUGGACUUCAAUACGGCCACAUUUACCGACAUUCUGAAGCUACUGGCAAAGCAAUUUGAUACAGACCUCACCCAGAGGAAGUCGUCUAUAAAGCUUAUGAUCCAGGAGGAGCUCACAAAAUUAGCAGAUGAUGGUGAAGAUGAAGAAGGAGAAGGUGAUGCAGAGAAAGAGAAAGAUGACAAAUAACCAAUCUGGUGGUCAACGGGUUUAAACUUGAACCCAUGGCCAAAGGAUGGUACAGAUGUGCAUGAACAUAGUGUAGCUAUUUAAUGUCAUCUUACCUUUUUUUGGUUUGACUAUAAACAUUAUGUAUCUGGUAGCCUGUUUGCCCAAGUAAAGGUGGGCUGUAAUUUUAUUGUAGUGUUGGGAGUUUGGUGGUUGCAGGCAGAACUAGCAUUUGUUAGAAAACUAGGGGAAAGCUGUGCUACAGGAUUUGCAGCUUGUUGUUACAUAGUAACAUCAUAAGGUGUAGGAUUUUUUUCUUGCCCAUGUUUUAAACUCUAUCUGACCUACCUUUUGUAGGGUUCAAAAUGCAUUAUUGUUUUUAUAGUUCA